AUGAAAGAGAAGAGCUAUGCAGAUGAAUUAAAGAUCCUUAAAGAAUUCAAAGGAACUCGAAAUGAUUGGUUUGUAAAAGAACAGAAGAAGAGGGGCAGGAAAGCUACUCUUAAAGCUCAAAUAGAAGAGGGUUCGUCUUCUCAACCCAAAAAGCGUCAAAAGAAAGCUGCUAAAACAUUGCUUGUAGAUGAACCAGUAGUAGAAGCUGAAGUUGAAGCAGAAGCUGAAGCUGAAAAGGAAAAAGCAGCUGAUGAUGAAGAAGGUGAUGACGUAAACAAAAGUACUACAAGCUUAUCAAGUUCUUCUGAAGAUGAGAUUGACGAGACUGAACGUUAUAAGAAAGUCAUGUUUGUUGUUGAGAAAGAGAAACAGAAAAAGAGGAAAAGGAAAGAUAAAGAUGAUGAUGAUGUGUACAUUCCUUCUCAGGAAAAUAAAGUUGGUGCAAGAAAGAGAGUUGUUACUCCAAAGUUGAAAAAGCCAUUGAAGAUCGUGCUGAAAAAGAAACCUACCCAAAAACCCAGUAAACCACCAUCACCACCACCUGAACCUACACCACAUCAAUCACCACUUCACCAAUCACCACAACCAUCACCACCUAAAUCACCACACCAAUCACCACCAAGACAACCAUCUCCUAUUCAAUCACCACCACAUCUUUCACCACCACAUAUUCAUACUGCUACACCACCACAAGAACAAUAUUUACUUACCUCACAACAAAUCUUUCAAACUCCACCAACCUCACAACCACAGAUCCAAUCCACACCUAGUUCUUCUGGUUUCAAACAUUUUCCAAACAUUCCUACGAAUCUAAGUAUUGGUCUUGAUGAUAUUGGAGAUUUUGACUUUGCAAAUAAUGCACAAGUUAAGAAUGUUGAAAAGAAGGUUGAUGAUGUGUUGUUUGAAAACAAAAGAUUGGCAGAUCGUGAGAAGAUUCUUGAAAUGCGUGUAAAGAAACUAGAGUCUGAAAACAAGUCAUUGCUGAAGAAAAUAGAUGCAGAUCAGACUGAAAUCGAUAUUUUGAAAGUGAAAGUAGCUGAGUUAGAGGAAGAAAAGGCACGUAGAGACGAACAUAACAAGUACUUUGAGCUGAAGAACAAAGAGCUUGAAGCUGCCAAAGUGUAG